CUUCAUAUCCAACUUAUCCAACUUAAUAACAAAACAAAAACGCGGCCUUCCCUCAGCGUAGGGUUUGAGCUCUCUGCCGAUUUUGUGCGGUACGGAGUACGGACGAAUGGCGAGCGAAGGAAAACGAAGCGGAAACAGAGAGCAAGCUUUGCGGAUGAAUACCCCGGGGCCGGCAUCGCAGAGGAAAGAGCAGGAGUGGGAUGGCGUCUCCUCAUAGCCGAUUGGAGUGCACCAUGGCGAGAACGACGAGUCUUCCGCGGCUGUGGGGGUAGGGAUUCUAUAGAAACUGACUAUGCAGUACGAUGGGAUGGUGUUGGACGAGCUAUUGCUGGACGACAAGGAUGAGGCGGAGCUCGAUCCAGAAGCGGCGGAAAAAGUGGUGGACACAUUUCCCGUGGUUGGUACGAUCCUAAUGGAUAAAGUGGUCAAAUUCCAAAUCUUCUCUGUGGCGUCCGGGCAAAGGUGUAUUGAUUCAAGAGGUCGGGAAGAAGAGGUGUCUGUUUACAUUUUAUCACAUACUCCCUCCGGUUUUUAAUAAACUCCAUACUUUCCUUUUUGGAAUGGUCUAAAAUAAACUUCACAUUUCCUUAUUUCCUUUUUUGGCAAAGAAAUCUACAUCAAAACAGUGCCAAACAGUGUCAAACAGUGUCUCAACAGUGCCAAACAGUGUCAAACAGUGCCUUAACAGUGUACUCUACAGUAAAAUCAAAUUUCUUUCCUUAUUUGGUGUGAAGUCAAACUGUGAAGAUUAAAAAACCGGAGGUAAUAAUAGAUAUGAAUUGUGUGUUGGAUAAUGGACCUUGGUUAUUUGAUCAGAAUCUGUUAGUGUUAAAAGUCAUUAAGCUGGGAGGUAUGCCUUUGAAGGUACCUCUCGAUACAGCUUAUUUUUGUGUACAGGUUCACAAUAUCCCCUAUGGUUAUUCAAAUUUGGGUUAUGCUCGUAAAAUUGGGAAUCACUUAGGAAAAAUUAUUUCUUGGGAUGAUAAUCAUUUUGUUGAGAACCGGGAAGCCUACAUGAGGGUUAGGGUGAUGUUGGAUGUGAGAAAACCCUUAAAAGUGGGGACAACCCUAAAAAAGAACAAGGGAGAGGUUAUUGGAUAGAUUUCAAGUACGAGAAGAUGCCUAGCUUUUGUUUUGCCUGCGGCGUAAUAGGACAUGCUGAAAAUUUUUGUCCCCUACUGUAUGAAAACAGGGAUAAGGCGGUUGUGAAAUCUUUUGGGCCAUGGCUGCGGGCGGGUGGAGAGAGAUCUCGUCCUUCUAUGGGUAGUAAAUGGUUGGUGAGUGAAGGAGGGGUAGGAAGAGACCAAGCAGGGAUGCAAAGGAACCUUAAAGAAAUGCAAGAUCAGGACCAGAGUCACAUUAAGGGUAUGUUCCGGGAAGGAGGGGAGGAGGCAAAGCUUGAGGAGGCUAGGAUAAACAGCAGCGGAAUGGGAGAAUAGAAGCAGAGGCGGACCUAGGAUAUACAGGAGGAGCAUGAGCAAUCAGGGGAGGACGUCAUGGCUCUGGAUGGAUCAAAUAAUAGGGAAGAGGCGGGCUGGAGCACUCAGGCCCGCCUAAACCUGUGAAGAUCGUGUGCUUCUGGCAGAUUGGAGUUAUUUUUUACUUUAGACUUGUUUUUCUUUAUGUUGGUUUUUAUUUUGGACAUCGUGUCAUCGUGUGUACUUGUUUGCUAUUGUUUUUAUUUUUGUCCAGACUCUAGAAUAUAAGACAGGUGGUGGGGAGCCUAGUUUUCCAGUCAUGGGCUCACGUAAGCACAAUUUAAGAUCAACGAAUCUGGAUGCUUCUUUUGAGGUGGCAGGUUCUAAGUCUGGUUUAAGGAUGGAAGGUAGACAAUGGGCUCUUUGUCUGGUUGUAACCUGCUUAUGUUCAUUCUUAUUAAUAUAUAUACUACGGUAUAUAAGUCAUGGUGAAAAACCGUUAGGGGUGGGAAAAAAAUAACCAUAACAGUCUAAUCAUGGAGAAAAACCGAAAAAACGUUACUUUUCUGGUUAACCAUACCAAUUUCUUAAAAAAUUCAUGGUCCGGUUAACCAAUAAAAUCACAAAGUGGUUCACGGUAAAUUUACCAUUUUAGAAUCAAUUACGAUUGGUUUACCGAAAUCCCCAAGAGCUGCAAUCUGUCAUCGGAUUUAACUCACAUUAAAUGUUUGGAUCCAUCGGUAUUAUUAUACGGUACUUUUUUUGCAAGGAUUAUAGAGUAUUUCCCAAAAUAAUGUCAAAUAAAAAUAUAUUUACCAAAAUAAGGUCAGGUUAAAUGUAUUUCUCAAAAUAAUGCUCUCUAAACUCUAGUUAAGAGAAUAGGAGUGGCGGCUUAUACUAAAGAGACAAUUCCCCAAAUAGGAGUAAAACAUAGGCAAAAUGCAAAAAUAGGAGUACCAUGUUUUGAAUAGAAGUAACUUUAGUGUUUGGACAAGUAUACCCCUACCCAACCCCCAAACCCCAACAACUUUCAUUAAUAAUUAAAACAUAAAAGAAAUAAGAUUAAUUAAUUUAUAAUAAAAUUGUAAAAAAACAAAAAAAACACAAAAAAUAUAUCAAAUAAAAUAUACUCUGUAUUAAAUAAAAUAAAAAAAUUUAAAUUAAAAAACUAAAAAACUAAAAACAUUAAAAUAAAAAAUGAAAAAAUAAGUAAAAAAAAAAAAUGUAGGCGUCUGCCGCCGCCUCAACAACCUCCCAGCACCACCUGCUCCGACCACACAAAAAAUGCCAACAUUUUACCGAAAUGCCAUCAUGAUGCCAGAUUUUGAGAAAAUUAGGCAUUUUCAAAGAGUAAAACUG